GGCGAGGGCCGCGUACGCACGCCGCUGCGCGGAGCCCGCCGGCCCGGGCCACGAGGACUACGAGGACGGCGCGUCGGUCAAGUCGGACGGCUCGGACCGCUCGGAGGCCUUCGACAUGGUGAGGGGCAACCUGAGCCUCCUGGAGAAGGCCAUCGCGUUGGACGCGGAGCGGGCGCGCGUGCUCGAGGAGAAGCAGGCCAAGGAGGCUGCUCGUGCCGCCGCGGCCGCCGCGGCCGCGGCCGCCGUCGUCGCCGACCGGGGAGGCAAGGGCCCCGAGGUCGACGGCAAGAAGCAUUCGUGCCCCAAAGGUAAAGAACCGCGGGUGGAGAAGAAGGAGAGCAAGUGCCCGACCCCUGGUUGUGACGGCACGGGUCACGUGACCGGGCUGUACCCGCACCACCGCAGCCUGUCGGGCUGCCCCCGCAAGGACCGCGUGCCCCCCGAGAUCCUGGCCAUGCACGAGAGCACCCUCAAGUGCCCCACGCCGGGGUGCACCGGCAAGGGCCACGUCAACAGCAACCGGAACUCACACCGCAGCCUGUCCGGGUGCCCCAUCGCGGCAGCGAGGAAGUUGAACAAGACCCAGGAGAGGCAUUCCAACGGGGACCCCCCAAAGAGCCUCAGCCCCACGGCCUCGGACCGCGUGCUCCGCACGUGGAGCGAAACGUUGGACAUCGCGCCGAACAACACGCGGUACGAGCCGAAAACACAUCGGAGAGCAAUGCCCAUGUGCUUCGUGAAGCAGCUGGAGAUCCCCGAGUACGGCCAGAAGCCCAACGUGUCGCCCACGACGCCGCGCUCCAACCUGGCGCGCGAGCUCGAGAAGUACUCGCGGCCCGGCUACGACUCCCCGUCGGGCUGCGACGCCUACAAGCACGCCGCCGCCGCCUUCAAGCACGCGGACGGCAGCGUCGUCGUCGCCGCCGCCUCCUCGGUGCACAAGGGGGACCCCAAGGCACCCGGGAAGAGCUUCCGCAAGAGCGGCAGCCCCAUGGGGAGCUACCCGAGCAGCCCGAGCCGCCAGAGCUCCUACGACCUGACGCAGGACGCCGAGGCGGCUCACAUCGCCGCCACCGCCAUCCUCAACCUGUCGACGCGGUGCCGGGAAGCCACGCAGAGCCUGGCGCUGCAGCGCGGCGCUCUCACGAGCGGCGCGGCGGUGGAGGUGGACGAGAACGGCACGCUGGACCUGAGCAUGAAGAAGCGCGUCGGCGCCGAGACGUCGAGCGGCACGAGCAGUCCGGCGCCGCCCGGAGACCCCCAGCAGCAGGGGUACGGCGCCCGGGGGGAGGCCGCCCCCGACCUGUCCCCCCGCCCCCCCACCACACCGGCCGAAGCCCAGCCCCCGUGGGACUCUCCGCUCGACUACACCAAGUGCCGGGGCGGCGGGGACCACGAGCGGGACGACGCCGCGCCCGCCGAGGAGGAGGAGGAGCCAGUGGCGGUCGCCGAGGAGCUGGUGGAGGAGCGGCGUUACCCCGGCGACGUCACCACGCCCAGCCCCAAGGCCAAGUGCGGCCUAGCCAAGGAGGCGCGCAAGGAGCUACUGGCUAGCUGCCCAACUCCCGGCUGUGAUGGCAGUGGUCAUGUGACCGGCAACUAUGCCUCACAUCGGAGUCUGUCGGGCUGCCCUCUGGCGGACAAGAGCAUUAGAAAUAUGAUGGCCUCCAGCACGCAGGAGCUCAAGUGUCCCACGCCGGGCUGCGAUGGCUCGGGGCACAUCACGGGCAACUACACUUCGCACAGAAGCCUGUCGGGUUGUCCACGUGCCAAGAAAAGUGGCAUCAAGGUGGUGCCAAUCAAGGAAGACAAGGAGGACCAGGAGAGCAUCAGGUACAGAAGCAAGAGCCUUCUCUUCUCAGUACCUGAAGUGAUCGGUCGUCCGGACUUCAGGUGUCCCGUGCCGGGCUGCGCGGGCCAGGGCCACGUGACGGGGAAGUACACGUCGCACCGCAGCGCGUCGGGCUGCCCGCUGGCGGCGCGGCGCCAGCGCGAGGGCUCGCUGCCCAGCCUGCCCUUCUCCUGGAAGGGCAGCAAGGUGGAGGGGGCGCAGUGCCCCACGCCGGGCUGUGACGGCUCGGGCCACGCCAGCGGAACCUUCCUCUCGCACCGCAGCCUCUCAGGGUGCCCCAGGGCCACCUCGGCCAUGAAGCGAGCGAAGCUGUCCGGGGAGGAGAUGAUGACCAUCAAGCUGCGGGCAAGCAACGCAGGCGUGGAGAAUGACGAGGAGAUCCGGCAACUGGACGAGGAGAUCAAGGAGCUCAACGAGUCCAACUCGCAGAUGGAGGCCGACAUGAUUCGACUCAAGACACAGGUGGGGAACGCGGACCCGAGCUCAGGAGGAGACGAUCACUCUCAGAUCACGAGCAUGGAGAACAGCCUACAGACGAUGGAGCAGGAGAACCGCGUUAUCGAGCAGCAGAACGAGGCUCUCCUCCAGGAGCUGAGCAGCCUGAGCCAGGCCCUCAUCUGCAGCCUCUCCAACGUGCAGCUGCCCCACAUGGGUCCGAUCAACGAGCAGAACUUUGACGCGUACGUCACCAAGCUGACGGACAUGUACAGCAACCAGGAUCACUACCAGAGUCCCGAGCAGAAGGCCCUGCUGGACACCAUCCGCCAGGCUGUCAAGGGCAUCCAGGUGUGAGGGGCGGGGCGCCUCUCACGGCCGCCCCUCUGCCGUGGCAGCCGCAGCGCCGUCCACGCUGGCUUGCCGGGGUUGCCGGAGCUGCUCUCCGUCGCCACCGUGGCAGCGCCGAGGGUGGAUUGAAGUCUCGACCGACCGGCCGAGGGAAGGGACCUUGGACCAACUCCCUCCCGCCUCCCCCCACCCCCCACUUGUUCCGACGAUGAGGUUUCAUUUCCACCUCCUCCUGCAGCAGCAGCCAAGGUUUCUCAACCACCUCUCGCAAAGAUUCUAGUCCACCGCCAGAACAAAAAAACUAAAAGAGUUAAAAAUGUCAAAUAUUUUCGCGACGAAGCAAGGUAGACGAGUUAACGGAACGGACGGAUCUCGGUUUAACGUCUGCGGAGAGAACGGCGCAAAGGGGUGGUUUUUGGUUUGCGAAAUAUUCGGCUGUGUUUGCCGGUGUGUUAGGCGUUGGACGAAUCACUUUGUUGAGUGCCGUGCGGUGACGCGGCGGAGGAUCGGCUCCGGCCACUUGGCUGGCGGCAGCAGCGGCGUCGCCGGCGGCGGCGGUGGCGGUGGUGGCGUCGCUUGUCGGAGAGGAAACCUUUUUGGGAAGGGGUCCUGUCGUAGUGUUCGAGAGAAAAAAAAAAUUCGCUCAAAGAAUCAUGUUCUGUUUUAAACAAACAAAAAUGUUUUACCAACUUAACAUUGUCGUAGGUAUUUAAGAAUUUUCAGUAAGUGUUGGUGUCUUAAGAAAGUGAAAAAAUGUAGAAGUUUUAGACAUAGAUUUCAUAAAAUAAUACACAAUUCUAUUAUCUCCCAUAAUACACUUGACCAUGAGCAGCAUUUUGACAAUCCAUUGCAGACAAAGACAAUUGCUGUUUGACCGAGCCUGUGGGCUGAGUAUAUUCCAUUAUGGAAAAGUGGAACAAGCGCUAUAAUCAAUGCAAACGUUAAUAUAACCAUUCCGAUAGUAGCAAAAUGGAAAAAAAUGAUACAAUCAAACUGGAAAUUGUGGCUUUUACACGAACAUAUUUGGAUAAUAAUUUAUUCUAGUUGCGGAUCGUUUUCGUGAGUAUUUAUUUAUUUAUCUAUCGUUGCAGGCUUGAGCUCAGGAUGAUUUCAGCCGGGCGUUUCUAGCGCGUCGAAAUAGCGCGGAUCGGUACGGAGAAACACGCGUCAGUACCUCCACCCCUGCCACUCUUCUCAAUUCACAUUUAACCCUGACGACGAACACGGGGCAUACGGUAGCUAGCAACGCAUAUUUACACAAAGUAGAACCUUUUGUACGUGGCCGCAAAGAACACACAGUUUAGGCGGGAAUGCAGAUUGCGUCUAUGCACGUCGAAAUGUCUGGCACUAAAUCCACGCGUUUAUUUACAGGUGUGUGUGUGUGUGCGUGCGCGCACGUGUGCGUUGUGCGUGUGUAGUUUAUGUACAAUCUGCCAGCGGACCCCACCCAAGGGUUUUCAUGUCGCAAUCAGGUGAAGCAGCUGUGAGCAAAAAGAGAGAAGAGAGAGAGAGAGGAAAAUGCACAGCAAGGAGGAAGGCCUUGUGAAACUUUUCAGUACUGUAAUUUUAUCAUGCAACUUAAUAUAUAUAAAACAUAGUAUAUAUAAGGAAUGACAAAACUUAAAAAAUUCAAAAGGACGCAGAGAGUAGGAGAAAAAAUUACAUGGUUGCAUCUUUUUGCCGUAUUGAAAUUAUUUUUAAAUUAUUUUUAUGGUAUGAAGUGCUGGUAGCUUCCAUUUUGAGUUUUGCUACCAUUUAUAAGUAUUAACAGUAAUGUGAUGUUACAAAAAGAAUAAUGGGUUUUAGCUUGAUCCCAAAAACCAAAACUUUUGUCUUAGUAUCAACAUUUGAAGAAAACACCGUGGGUUUGUUGUGACACGGGAUUUGUGUUUGGGCUCGGGGUGGGUUCUUGAAUAAGAAGAAGAGACAUCAUAAUGAACACUUUGCAAAUCAACUUUUACAUUUCACCAAUGCAUGAUAAGCCUUGUUACGCCAUUAUUAUUUUUUUUACACUGGAGUAUACUGUACUAGUAAUCGUAUCUUCUCGCAAAACCGUUGUGACAAAAAAAAAGUGAAAAAAAACCUUUAAAAAAUCGAACGAGCUAGAUAAGAAGCGUAGAGGGAGGGGAGGAGGAGGAGGAGGAGGUCAAUUUGAACGUGCGGCACUCGUGGUCAUCGCUUAGGGAGCCGCUCGCGCACGCAAAAGUCGCAGAGUGUUUGUUUGGUUUUGUUCGUCGCGGGCUCUGCCGUUGUCGCCGCUCUCUCCAGGGAUUUUUUUUUUAUCUCGGGGUGGGGGGGGGGGGCGGCGGCAGCGAGAGGGGGCCGCGACCCCCCCGAGGAGAGCACGGCGGAGAGAGCGCGGCGCUUGGCUUUUUAUUUUAGCUGCCCCCCCCCCGCCCGCCUUCUGAAGUCACAUUGCUUGUGGCUGAACCCACGGCCCCCCUCAAAAAGCCCGACAAGCUCCCCAUGCCUCCUCCCCCCCACCCCCCCCCCCCCCCGCGAUAGCCACUCAGAACACUGAGCCUUCAAAAGCAUUUAUAAUUGUUAUUGUUGUCGUUGAUUUGUUUUACAAUGCAGUGUUUUAAAAAUAUAUAUUUAUUACUAUUUAUUGCUAAUAUUAUUGAAUAACUUAAAGAAAAGGGAGAGUAAAUGUUCGUCGUUACUAUUUAUAGUUUUUUUCAGUGCUCUUUUAAGAAAAAAAAGUUUUUUUUUAAUAUAAACAAAAGUCUGUACAAAUAUAAUUAUUUUUCUUUAAUUUUUUUUUUGUUGGCGACCGCCGAUCGUUUUCUUUAAAAUUUUCGAAAUGCAGCAGGCGAACGUUGCAAUACAGGAGGCUGUCGGUGUUGAGCGCGCCUGAGAGGGCGCGCGCGUGCGUGUGUGUCAAGUGAAGUGGCCACCUUUGGAGCCCAAGCCUUGUGUGCUUACAGCUUUGCAAUCCAUGCAUGUUUCAUACGGAUACAAAGUAUAACCAUGAAUAAAGUUGCUUCUGAAAGGUG